GUCCGUUAGAUCUUUAUUUUCGUCCCGAUCUUGGAUCAAGGUAUGGAAAAGUUUGCAGGUCUCAAGGGCCAACUCCUCCAACCUACACUACAGGCUUUGACGGCAGUCACCAAUACUGAUUUGGAAGCCGUAGAUUUCGCGACCUUCCUCAAAGGCGUCAUUGGAAACCCCAUCGAUGUUGAUGCAAUUAGCAUCCCUCAACCUUCGGCUACCAAGCUCACGGACGAGCAUACUGCAAAGGCAGCAAAACAUACACGUAAGGCAGCUAAUAAACUACAGAAGGCACAACAGUAA